AUGCGUAGAAGUAUAAAACUUUUAUCACAACAGCUAAUAAAAGCGCGAGACCAAUUUUAUGAAUCAAAAAAAGUUGUUAGAAAAGAUUUUUUAAAGACUGUUGCUGUGGGAGGUUGUAUUCAAAUUUUAUUUUGUUUAUUUUUUGAAGAAUUUGGUAUACCUACACCAGAGCUUUGUUAUGAUUUCCGUCUGAGUACAUCCCCUGAAUUUAAUGAUUUUGUUAGAAAUGGGAAAUAUGCUGAAUUUGAUAUGACUUUAAAUUCAACUGUUAGGACUUAUAAAAUUGAACAAGGCGAAUUUCUUAAAAAAAUUGGUAAAAGUGAUUUUCGUGGAACAAUCAUCAAGUCAGAUAUGUAA